AACAACAACAACGUCGGUUCCGAUUCACCCACCUCGACGCGCAGCUCAACGACGUCCACAUCCUAGCAGCGGUUGAUCUCGGCCGGCUGCUCCAUGUCGUCGACCGCAUCGUCCUCGCCGAUCCCGAGCAGCGUGAUGUCGAGCAAGAAUAACUACUUUAUUGCAUCCUUCUCGCCGGUGAAGGAUGUUUAUAAAUCGGUUUCCACUAGUUCUAACUAUUCCUCCUCGUCGUCGCUAGUUUCCACGGCGAGUUCGGCCCGACCCCAGUCCCAGCAGUCUCAGCAAUCGCACCAGCAGCAGCAGCAGCAGCAGCAACAGCAACAGGGCCCCGGCAAAGGAGAGGGAGAUGCCGGAGUUCCGGUACAGCGGUCAGCCUCGUUCAACGCCACCUGCACGGUUCCGCUGAGCAUAAGCAAAACAACAAAGGUCAAGAAUUCGGCUUCCUUCAGUAACUGUUCGCUGUUGGCUAAAGUGGCAAAAAAGUCCGGUCUCAGCGGAUCAUUGACUGCUAAUUCACUGCUGAAGUUUUCCCCGUCGAGUUCGGCCAGCAGUUUGCUACAGUUGAAACAGCAACAGCAAGCGAAUGGGAUCACAAUUUCGAGCAACAUCACCGAAGCACUAGCCAUGGCUGGACAGAAUCCCAAUCCCGGCCUGUCGACGUCAUCGUCCGGACAGCUGAAGAACUCUCCAUCGGCUUCUUCAUCUACAUCGUUGGCAUCGUCGACGACAUCGACGGUGACGGCAGCAGCCGCCGCCACUAGCACCGUGUCCUCCCCGAGCUCCUCUGCCUCUGCCGGUGCUGCCCUGUCGCUGUCCCAGUUCACUAAAAAUAACAUUGUUGAUUAUUAUGUCUAAUAAUAAGCAAACCUGUAGCCAUUAAGACAUAGGGACAAAUAUACACAUAUUGGUUCAUUUUAUAGGUAGAUCACGUCGCCAGUUGAGCGAUUUUUUUUAAUGUUUUUUUAAACUACGACCUUGUUCGAUGGUACCUUCACACAACCAUCGAGUAUUUCCAAACUUUCCUAAAACUAUAAAACUGCGUACCAUUGAGACAUGAAAGCACUCACACACACACACACACACACACACCGAACGACAACCAAUGGGAACAAUCUGUCCCACUUGAAACGACCAGAUAUAUAAGCUAACUAAGUGGACUAAUACAAACUAUUCUAAUGUGUACCUACUAGAACAGGAACAGAGUAAAUCGCACCCAUAUUUAGGGGUCUAUCGUUAUCAUAUAUCGUAUGGGAGGGAGAAAACACAUUUUCUACUAACCGACCCCCACACCGAAACCAAUCAUUCUGCCUAGGACCAGAGCAAGCUGACAACCGUUACCUUAGUAUUGUGCAUAAAAGUCUAACCUUUUCAUCCUUAAAAUUCUCCCGUUGAAUUGUUUCAAGCAGAAAAUUUGAUACCACGUUUGUAGGAAACCGUUGAAAUUAAAUAUUGCAGUUAGUUGGUAAAAAUAUACAACUGAUCGAGUUCUUACGCAUACUUGAAGCCAAAGACAAUAAAAUCACACACACACACAAACACACGCGUAGAAAUGAUAAGCCGUUCUCUUCAGUUCCCCCCACUGACCUUCUCCGUGCUUCAUUUACCAAGAGAAUCUUCCCGCUACCAGAACCACGAUCAAGUUCAGUUCACCCUGAUACAUUGCAGCCAACACUUAAGUGACCAACUAUCUAUCUUGAAUAAGAUCGUUGACUAACCAUAAGUCCAAAAUUACUCGCUGAUUGAGGCACAGCGCUAGGCGUUCAUCGAUGAUUGUUAGCAAACUGGAUUUUGCUUGUUUGAAUCCAACUCAGAACAUAAAAACUCCCAACACAAGGACCCAGUUGAAACUAAACAAAUAAUAACAUUAAUUAACUACAUCAGAAUUAAAACGUUUGAGGACUUUACAACCGAAAUUAACCUACAAUAGUUGCAGCGGAUUAUGACCCGUUUGAAUAAAAUGUUUACACUCGACGAAAGAAGCAGAGCAAUUCUAUCGACAUUCAUACAUACAUACAUGCAUACAUACAAGAACGAGAGGCGCGAAGUUUGUUAGAAGUUGAUCAAGUUGAAAUCAAUAAGAUAAUUA